GGGGGAACGCGACAAUCCCCUUUUACCUGCUAGACUUGCUUCCUUCACGCAGGAGAGAAAAUUGCCGACCGUUUCAGUUUUGUAAAACCGACAGAUAAUAAGAGUAACCAUCUAACCAAGCCGGCGAACAGUCCGGUCAUUUCGUUCUUUCGGAGUGUCUUUCGUUUUCGAUACUAUCUUCAUCAUUCAAAAUUCCAAUUUAAUCUGCGACAGUUUUCCCAGCAAGUUUUCAUCAAUCACGCAAACAUUUUUCUACAGAAUUCAUAUUCUCAACAUCUGUUCUUCUUCCUCUUCUUCUUUUUAGUCACGUGCACCUGCUUAGGUAUAAUUCAAGUUUCAAGAACCGGAAGCUUGUGGAUACUUAAUAGGAGGCAGUGACUACCUCUCUCUCUCUCUCUCUGAAUUCGAGGAGAAAGGAUUGUAAAAGCGCGAGACUUGUAUCUGAAGGAGUCAGUGUUAAUAAGCUCAAGUGCAAUAUAGUAGUGUAUUUCGACGUUUCGAAAAUGUUAGCAGCGAGAGGUGCAGCGAGUGAUUGUAAAUUGUGCAGUGAUUCGUGAAUCCAGUUAUUUUUACUCAGUGAAGUGUUUAAAGUCAGUGGAUAGACGAAGAAGGACAAUAAAAAAAAGUAUAAUAAAAAUAAAAAAAUAAAGAAAGAAAAAUAAAAAAUUUUAACCACGCUAAGACGAUGGCUUUGCACGCGUGCUCAGCUUCCAACACGGAAGAACGUUGACAUUGUUCGUGACAGCGCAUGGAUGUUAAAAGGACCUAAUUAGCGAGCUCGAAGAUGACAGUCACGAUGGAUCACAAACGAAAGACCUCUUGGGACUCCAAGAUGUCAAUAAGCACUGUCAGCACAAGAAGGUUUAGCCGAGCUGGAACACCAAGCUCAAUACUUUCAUCGGAUAGUGAUAUUCGAUUUACCCGGAAGCUAGGAAGUCAAUAUCGUUGUGGUUGCUGUGUGCUUGCUGCUUUUCUGCUCUUUUUACUCUUUUCCGGAGUUUCUAUAUACCUUGGUUAUACGUUCCUAGUUUCAGACCCUCCUGGCGACCAGAUUUUUCUGGCAGCAUUUGGAGUAAUCAGAGGUGAUUCUUUUACUCCUGAGUUAGCAGAUACGUCCACUGAGACAUUUAGGAUACGUUCCAGAGAAUAUCGGGAUCGUCUAAAUCUUAUAUUCCGAAGGAGCGCCUUAAAACUCUCCUUCAUUACCUCUGAUAUUCUCGCUUUCGAUGGAGUGGAGGGUAAAAAUCUGGUGGUUCAUUUUGAAGUGAGAUUCGAUCCAAGAUUCCGAACAAUUGAAGUAUCGGACGUGAUAAAUAUAUUAUCUAAGGAGAUCAAUCCAGCUACCUCGAGAUAUCUUAUAAAUUUAACAAUUGAUCCAAAGAGCCUGGAAGUUCAGGAAAGUAUAAGUGCAUUAAAUGCCCAGGUCGCAUUACAAACGACCAUCUCGACAAUUCCUCCAACUACAACACCUUCACCUCCAAGAAGAUGCAGUCCAGUGGAACUAUCCUAUUGCAAAAAUCUCCCUUACAAUAUCACCUCUUAUCCUAAUCUAAUUGGACAUCAAUCCCUACAGGAAGUUGAAGACGACGUCAUUGCCUUCAGGGAAUUAGUCGAUUCCGAAUGCUACAGACUGGCUUACGAUUUUGUGUGCCAAGCACUUCAACCAGCUUGUUCCCCAGGAGAGUUUGAAGAUGUUUUACAUUUGCCUUGCAGAAGCUUCUGUAAGGAAUUUUGGUCUGGUUGCGGCAGUCGUUUGCCCGAAAAAUUAAAGCGAGCUUUAGAUUGCUCCAAUUUUCCAGAAUACGCUGAUUAUGGAAGCUGUAGACCAAAACCUGGUUGUGUGGAAGAGUUGAAGGAAAAUGCUUUGUCUCCGAGAAUCUGUGAUGGAGUUGUAGACUGUCCGGAUUUAAGUGACGAAAGAAAUUGUGCUUAUUGUCGAGAUGGUUAUAUGCACUGUGGAGUGGGAAGAACUUGUAUUCCAAAGAUAAAAAGAUGCGAUGGAAAGAAAGACUGUCCUAAUGGCAGUGAUGAAAAAGACUGCUUAAUGCUUGCUAAGAGUAUCAGCGAUGCAAAAUCUCUACCUCAGGACACUCCUCAUUUGGCUCGAUAUUUUAGAGAAGGUUUUGUAGUCUUUAAUGAAAAAGGUACUGUCGGGAAAUUGUGUACCGAAAAUUUAAACAAAACUUUACCAUCCAAAGACGUGGAAUUGGUUUUGCAAACCGUUGCCACUUCCCUUUGCUCUAUUUUAUCUUUCACAGGAGUGGAAUCAGCAGAAAUAAGAAGAGACGAAGAAGAAGGAGUACCUUAUGUUCAGAUGGAAAAUCCUCUGGCAUCAGAAAUAAGCUUUGUAAGGGCUCUCUGUCCCAGUAAAAAUGUUAUGUAUGUACGCUGUGCACCACUUGAAUGUGGAAUUCAAGCUUUAAGAACCAAAGGAGGAGUUCAAGGCCUAAAUAAAAUAGCAGAGCCUGGUGAUUGGCCUUGGCACGUUGCCCUUUUAAAGGAAGAUGUUCAUGUUUGUGAUGCUACUCUUGUUGCAGAAAGUUGGAUAAUCACUACAGCCUCCUGCUUCCAAGGUCAAUCGAAGGCAGAGUGGUCCGCAAGAUUGGGAACAGUGAGACUCUCAAGUUCUUCACCUUGGCAGCAAGAACGAAGAAUAAUUGGAAUGAUGAAGUCGCCAGUUGAAGGAAGCACUACUGUACUUUUGAAGUUGGAUAAUCCAGUGACAGCAUUUUCGGAUUUCGUUAGGCCUAUUUGUUUGCCACCAAAUCAAGAUUCUCUCACCAGUAACACAACAUAUUGCAAUACACUUGGAUGGGCAAGAAAUCGUGAACUUUUGCAACGAGUGCAGUUAAGGCACAGUGAAAUGGAGAAGUGCGAAAAUAUUAGUAUUGCUUCAGUUAACAGUAUUUGUACAGAAGCAGAAUUUUCCACGGAUGACUGCAAUGAGGAAGAAGUGGCAGGAAGUCCAAUGAUAUGUUUACUUUCUGACAAUCGGAGAUGGGCACUGGCAGGUGUUAGUAGUUGGAGAAUCGGUUGUUCCAGGCCAGGAACUGAAAGACCUCGUCUGUACGAUAAGAUCUCUUCGAAUCUAGCGUGGAUUAAAUCUACCAUCGACUGAUUUGUAAAUAACAUGUCUGUAUAAUUCAAUUGACUUUCCUUCUCGAGAAUUCAAAGUUUAAGGUAAUUGAGAUUGUGAUAAUUUUUAUUUUCUGAUUGAGAAUUGAAAAAACAAAUUAUUACUGCGAGACGGAAAUAUUGCCAUUGACGGAAAUACCAAACAAUUGGUAUCAAAUAAAUCCCAAAUACAAUUUUACAAGAGUAGGUAAUUUAAGUAUACUAAAAAAUACUACUAUUGCUAUGAAAGUAAUGUAAAAAAAACUGAUAAUACCUACUUAUUUGUUUAAAAAAUUUUUUUUUUUCAAAUUUUAGAAGACACAAAAAUAUUUAAACACCCCGAAAUUAAUAUUUAAUGAAAAGAGAUUAUUUGUAAAUAUAGGCUUACAAUUUUUCAAUUAAGGCAUUUCAGGGUGUAGAAAAAAAUUCUAAAAUUUAUUUUAAAAUACCUUGAUAAAUUAACUUUCUUUGAUAAGAUGAUAAAAUAUA